UUGCAUAUGGUUGCAUGCAUGUUUGUUGUUGUGAACGAUGGUAUGUUCAGAUAAGAGAGUAAAUUUGUUGAUACUUUAACAUUUAACUGGUAGAAAUGGGUAAUCAAGUGACACGUACUGGACAUCCAUCUAACAAAAAAACUGAUACUGUCGUGCAUGCCGGUGAUAAUACAAAUGCAAGCAACCUUUCGAAAAGUUCUUCAGGAACUGAAUUAGAAAGUAAUUCGCAUAUGCAAUUCUUUCCUAUUGAAAGUUUAGCAAAGAUUCUAUCUCAUUUAACUCAUGAACAGGAACGUAUAAAUGGUAUUACAAUAUCUAUAUUUCAACGUUAUCUUUUCCCUAAUUAUCCAGAGUUAGGUGAAAAGUUAUUUAAUUAUCUCUAUCAUGCUGCCAAUGUUAGUACUUCAUACUUAAGUGUUAAUUCUUUUAAGCAACAAGCAGAGAAGUUUCUCUCUGUAAUGAAUGAUCAAACUGUAUUAGAGAAUUAUGUGAAAAUGUAUUCUAAUAUAAAAGAAGAUGGAAGUGUAAGUCCUGAAGGAUUAAAGGCUUUAUUGAACAUUUCUUACAAUAUUGCUAUGGAUAAUAGUGGAACUUCUUCCUGUAUCUAUAUAGGUCAAAUAAUAAAUGCAGCUGUUGUAUCAUGUUUUCAUGGUAAAUAUGCUUUGUCUGUGAGUUAUGUGAGCAAUUGGAUCUGGCAACAUUGUCCACGUAUAAUAUAUGGCCCUCAUCGCUAUAUAAUACAUGUGUUGACAACUGCUUACCGAAAUGGUAAAGCACUUUUGUCCAAAGAACAACCACAACCACGUUUGGAAAUACCAACACCCAUAUUAGAACAACCAGAUUCCUUAUGCUUCCCUAAAACUUUGUUACCCGAGAGCUAUGUGUGGUUAUUAUCAAGUACAUUAUCUGAAUGUUAUCUUCAGGCAGAUGAUUUACCAAAAGAUGUAACUCAUGCUCUCAUAGCUAAAAGAAUGGGGAAUGUGUGUCCUAGACACUGGACAUUGUUGUACAAUAGCUCAGAACAUGGUACAGGAGCUAAUCGUUUUCUUCACCAUGUAUUAGGAUACAGAGGUCCCACUCUCUUAUUUAUACGAGCUGUUAGUCCAGAUGUAGAUACUGUGUGUCCCACAUAUUGCAUAUGCUCAGCAGUAGAAUGGCGUGAGAGUCAUCUUUAUUGGGGUGAUGAAGAUUCAAUGGGUAUUGAACUGUUUCCUUCAUACAGAGUUAUUGAAAGAGGAGCUAAAGUAUUAUACUUGAAUACCAACAUCAGAGGAUAUCCUCAUGGAUUACGAUUUGGAAGUAAUCCCCGUUCGCCGUAUAUUAGUAUAGAUGAAUCAUUCCAUUCAGUUAGUAUUGCAGGUGCACCAUAUCCAAUUGCUAGUUUAGAAGUUUGGGGUUGUGGAGACACGAAAUUAAGGGAACGUCAAUUGGAAAUCAAAAAAUGGCAAGUGAAGGAAGCGGAAAAGCAAAGAAUUGUUAAAUUAAGCGCUAGCGACUGGAUAGAUCAUCCUGAUCGUUACUUACUUGAAUUGGCAGGUAGAGCAUCCUAUAAUGAAUCAAACAAAUAAUCCUAAUAUAUUACUGUAUUAUAGCACAAAAUUAAUUCAAGAUUCUAGUAGAUUAUUUGUAUAUAUGUAUAUAUUAUCAAACAUACUGUUGCUCGAAAAUGUACUUAUACUGUAUGUGUAAGAUCAC